AUGGCGAAAUCACGGUUUAGUGAUUUAUUUUCGAUUGUUCUACGUUUAGCAGGUGUUUGUGCAGGCAUCAUGUUCAUUCCUUGUGUCGUGGUCGGUUCAAUGGGAGCUUCUAAUUAUGCAAAUAAUCGGAGCUUUCGGAAUGCACAUACGCAUACAACAUGUCUUCUACUCAAUUAUACAGUGUUUAAAUAUAAAUGCCAAUCAUGUGAUGAAGAUACAUGCACCUAUUACACUUGUUUUGAUGAAAAUUUCGAAUUCUCAUAUCCUAUUUUCAAUCAAACAGUAGUCAGAAGUAAAUUCAGCAGUAUAGCCAAAAAAAAUACACACAAGCAGACACAAAUUGGUCAGAAUUAUACGUGUUACUAUACAACAAAACAAGUUACUUCAGUCAUUUUUGAAUUGCCAAGUAUAAAAACUCCAUUGGUUCAAAUAUGUGUUUCAUUCGGACUUCUUGGUUUACCUGUAAUAUUUAUUUUUCUGUCUUUUUUUGGUGGAAUCGCGAUAGCGAUGGAUCGUAGCAGCUCAUGUUUGCCAAAAAUAAAACGUUUUACAACGCAAACUUUUGAUAAGAUACGAAUGAAAAAGUCCGGUGCAGUAGAAAAUAACGUAGAGUUAAUCGACGUUUUACGAUAUUGA